AUGCACAUUGUGAUGCCUUAUUAUUCAAGAGGAUCCCUACAAGACAGAAUUGAGUUGUUGGCUAGAAAAGGAGACAGAAUUCAUGAAGAUCGACUGUGGGAUGUGUUUCUUGGCAUUUGUGAAGGUGUAAAAGCCAUGCACAUUCAUGAACCCCCUUAUGCGCACAGAGAUUUAAAGCCAGCCAAUGUAAUGUUUGCUGAUGACAAUUCUCCAAUUAUUAUGGACCUUGGUUCUGCAGCCCCUGCCCGAGUAGAAAUACGGACAAUGCAAGAGGCACGUGUUCUGCAAGAUAUUGCAGCUGAACGUUGUUCAAUGCAAUAUCGUGCCCCAGAGCUGUUUAAUGUGGAAUAUGGAGCACACAUCGACGAACGAACCGACAUCUGGUCAUUGGGAUGUCUGCUAUAUGCUUUAGCCUUUCUGGAAUCACCAUUUGAGCAAGAUUACCAAAGAGGAAACAGCAUUGCUCUUGCUGUGCUUGGAGGAAAUGUAAAAUUCCCAGAGAAUUCUGGGUACUCUAAACAGUUGGAAGAGACGAUAACAAUGAUGAUGGCUGUGAAUCUAAUGGAACGUCCUUUCAUUGAGCAAGUUAUUCAAACUGUACAGUUGGCCAAAGAUACACAUGAGAACAGAGUAUGA